AUGUGUUAUAUUAACACCAUCAAAGAUCUCGAAUUUACGGUGGGCGAACAUGUUUUCUUGAAGGUGGUGUUGUCACCCACUCUUGCUGUUGUGCACAACGUUUUUCAUGUAUCCAUGUUGAGGAAAUACAUAUUGAACCCCACACACAUCAUUGAGCACAAAGUACUUCCACUUCGAGAGGAUCUAUCAUACGAAAAUGACUCAAUCCAAAUUUUAGCUCGAGAUGUCAAACGAUUGCGAAACCAGGAGAUUCCCCUUGGCAAAAUGUUGUGGGGUAACCAUAUAGAUAGCGAGGCUACUUGGAAC